AUGAAAUUCGGCAAAGAAUUCGCGAGCUAUCAAGUCUGCCUGCAAGAGUCGACAGACCUUCCCGCGCGCUUCCCGCAGGUGGACUACCGCGCGCUCAAGAAGAUUCUCCGCCGCUGCAUCUCCUCCCACGCGUUGCGCGCGGAGCUGCACGCGCAGGCGGAGCUCCACGCGGAAGAGGAGGAGUUGCGCGCAGAAGAAGCGGAGCCGCACGCGGCGGAGGCGGAGUUGCACACGGACGGGGCCGCGGAAGCCGCACGGGUGGAAGCGGAUGCAUGGAGGGGAGCGGCGGACGCGGCGAGUGGAGCUUUCCGCGCCGGAGCGGCAGCAACAGCGGCCCUGGGAGUGGCGGGGCAAGAAGUGGCGGGCCUCAAGCAUUCAGCGGAGAACUGCGCAUUUUCGUCAUGCGCGCGCGGGGAAGUUUCCGCGCCAGCAGCGCCCCUAGCAUUUCUACCCGCGGCGGUGGCGGAGGAAUACGCGCCGGCAGCAGUGGCGGACGCCAGCGCCAGUGGCUGCGCACGGUGCGACGCGGAGUUUUUCGGGUUGCUAGAAGCGGAACUUAUUAGUAUCGAGAGGAGCUUUAAUUCCGCUGCCACGCGGCUGCUGAGCUGUCACAACGCGAGAGGGCUCCAGCUCAUCGUCAGUGUGUCCUCUCCUCGGCUCGGAGCUUCUGCUGAAGGCGGAGUUCCGGGCGAGAGUGGACGUCACCUGCCCCGUGUGCCUGGAGGUCCCAUUCGACCCAGUCUCCCUCGCCUGCACGCACAUCUUCUGUCGCGGUCUUCUUGUGCCGGUCUUCUCCCGGUGUUCUUUGGCCUCGACUCUGCAUCACCCCACAUCACGUGCCCGCUGUGCUGCCAGCAGGGGGUGUUUCGGCAACCCCGAACUCUGAAGGAGCUUCACAGACUCAUCAUGGCACGGCAACCAGAGGAAUGGAAGGCCAGAAGAGACGAGGAGCAGAAGAGGAGGCUUGAGGAGGAGAGGCGGUACUGGGAUGGUCAAAUGCGCAUCGCCAUGCACAUACGGCGGUGA